AUGAGAUUUGCAUUUUAUGAUGAGGCAGGCAUUGGCAAGGCCAUUGAGACGGCUACACGAAACGUGUGUCUCUUUCCUUGCAACAGGCGUCCGCUCGAUUCUUUUCGCUGUUCACAAGAUCGGACGACGGCAGUUCAGAUCACUUCUUGUUUCUUUUCCCUUCUUCCAUCAGCUCUUGUUUGUUCGCAUCGUCUCCUUCGGCGUGGCCGCGGGUUGGAACGUUUGAAGAGUCAAGUCAGGCAAGCCAUCAUCGUCUUCCACGAAAGCCCCGCAUGUAUGUUAACAGAUCGCGUCGAUGCGCCCUCUGGGUGGGCGGCAUCUUUUGGUCAGAAUAAAGACUCUAUACCCUCUAUUCUCUCCAAGAUUGCCUUCCCCUCGUUGUUCCCCGUGGAAGACGAUGAUGGGAAGCCGUAG